UUAGCCUCCAGCCUGGUCCGCUUGUCUCAAUCGUGCCUUCGAUCGACGAGAAGGAUAGGAUCGCUUUCAAUAUCAUUGUGACUCAUGUCACGUAAUAUCAUUUCGACUCAUGUCGCAUAAUUUCGAAGUGCUCGACCGGGGACUGCAUUGCUAUGCGAGGCUUUCAACGACAUGAGUACGUCAUGGUUGUCAUGAAGAUGAUUCUUUGGCCUACACUCCUUGAAGGGCAGCCGUAGAGAAAUAGAUAUAAGGCCUUCAAGAACGACCUUCUCGAGCAACUCAUCGACUCAGCAAACACCGCAUCUUCUCAGCUUUUCAUACCCAUCAAACAAACUCCCCAAACAACAUCAUCACGAUGCUCGUCAACGUCCAAAUCGUCGCCCUCAUCGGCGCUCUCGCCACCUCAGUCGCCGCUGCCGACGUCUACUCUACCUUCUACACAAGAACCGGUGACCAGGUCGGUGCCGUCAACUACGAUGUCGGCAACGACGCUUGCUUCCAGAACAGUGGCGCCGACUACAUCGUCUUUUCUCAGGGCGGCUGCCUCACAUGCGGCACCGCCGACGGACCGUACUGCCUUCAGACCUACAAGAGCAAUGACUGCCGAAGUGGCGGUGUGGUUGGAAGCCAGACCUUCAAGGAUGUGACUUUUGGUACCAAGUACCGUUUGGACGACAAGGGUGUUGCGAAUGCUCCUUUCCACUUCUGGUCUACCAAGGCUUGCUAGAUGAGCGAUGGAACUUGAGCAAGCUGAAUGGAGAUGAGCGUUGCUGCUUCUAGGAAAAUUAAAUGCAAGUUAAGCUUCUCAGAUGUGUUCGGACCUGUUAUUCCGAAAGCGAGACGUUCAUAUGUAGACAAUCAAUCAUCCACCAGAAAUG